UGGUCCGAUUGGAGGCCAUUGUUGACAUCGCAGACAUAGGUGGAGCUGGCGCAAGGAACAGUCGAGCUGGAUGACGGAGGAAGUAGACGUAAACAUCACAUUUCAAUGCUACAACUGUCCGCCCAUGCGUAGAAAUGGUGUGAUGAGCGAGCUGGCGAUGAGUUCGCAGGUAGACGGUGGCCAGGAUUUUAUGAGGUAGCAGCAGUUUCUGGCCCGCGCAGCGCAGCGCAGUUGGCGACCCCGCCGAUUCCAUCCUGCGCCGAUUUCUACUACUGCUUCUGUCACUGCUCUUGUCCAAGAUAAUCAGUCACUGCGCCAGCCACUUCACCGACUUCCGCUCACCAUCACUCUCCCACGUUCUCUCCAUCGCUAUAUCUUUACGCGUAUCUCCUAGGCUUCUGUACUUCUUGACAGCGUCAGAUAGACUUGAACACACCUUCUGGCGACCAGACACGAACAAAACCACCAUCGCCGAUACCUGGUGUAUUCAGCGCGUGUGCCGCAACCGUCGCUGCCCAUCUCAAAGCGUUUUCCUGGUGUAUCUGUUCAGAUUUGGUAUUCAGCCAUGGAUCAGAAACAACAACAGCAGAAUGCCCCACCGAUAUAUGAUAUCAGUCAAGGAGGGCACUAUGGAGCCAGCGCUGCUCUAUCUGCGCAAGGUUAUGUGCCUCACAAUGAAUUGUAUUCCGGGUUAUGGUCAAAUAUCAACCAAGGCUUAACCGGACCAUCUCGAGAGAUCUUAGCAACCUACUGGCAGCAAACUAUCAACCAUCUGGAAACGGACGAACACAAUUUCAAGUUCCAUCAACUCCCGCUUGCGCGCAUCAAGAAGGUCAUGAAGGCCGACCCCGAAGUGAAAAUGAUCUCCGCCGAAGCGCCAAUCCUGUUUGCGAAAGGGUGCGACAUCUUCAUCACCGAACUGACGAUGCGCGCAUGGAUUCAUGCCGAAGACAACAAGAGGAGGACUCUACAGCGAAGUGACAUUGCCGCUGCCUUGGCCAAGAGUGACAUGUUCGAUUUCCUAAUCGACAUUGUGCCACGAGAAGAAGGGACAAGCAGCAGCUCCAAGCGACCCACUACCAGUGGCCAAGCUGCCCCUGCCCAGGUGCCGCAACAACAGCAGGCAGCACCGGCCCAGCAGCAAAUGCCACCGCCUGAUUAUGGAUUGGCGCAACACGGUACUAUGGGACCUCCCGACAACCAAUACGGACGAACUCAAAUGUAUCCGGGACACAUGGGCGGAGACGCUCAGCAAGACCCGAAUCAAGCCUAUGGCCAGGCCCCGCAAAUGUUUGGAGGGGGUGACAUGUACAAUCCUUACGCUCAAGGACAAUUCGGUGCUGGAGGUGCCCAACAGGUAGGUGGACAUCCGCAAUGAUCGGGCAAUCCCGACGACAAGAGAACCCGUCUUGUUGAGCUUCAAGUUUUCGAGUUGGAUGUACUCCAACCUCCCAGGCCAGAGACCACCCAGCCAAGGAUAUGGUGGCCCGAGACCUGGAACGGCGGGCAGAAAUGAGCCAGUCAACGAGCAAGGUUAUGGACCGGGUUAGGGAAUGAUUUUUGGGCCGGUGUUACCGGAGUGAACUUCUUGCCGCCAACAGCAACAUUAUCGUCAAGGAGGGACGUCAGAAUAGUACAAACAAGGAACUUAUGAUACCAUGGGUCGAAGAAGGGAUGGUCGACUGCUGCACACUAGUAUUUUUAUCUUUGAAGUCAUGCAAAAUAUGUUUAUCAUUAUGUAGUAUUACUACAUUGCUUUUCUUCCUCGAGUUUUGCUUCUCCGGGACUCAGCCACUAUGUUCCAGGGGCGCCACUGCAGUCUUUCUCCAGUGCCAACAGACAAAGGUUUUGAGUAAAAUGAGAAACUUUACGUUGUAGGUUUGAGGCAAUGCAAUGCGACGUGUUGACCA